GGCGCAGAGGCACUCGGCGCGGCGCGGCGAGCUCGACAUUCCCUGGGACCCGCGGAGCCGCGUCCCGAUCGCCCCGGCUCCCGGCCUCGAGCCACCCUCGAGCCCCCCUCCGCCGCCGCCGCCGCCCUCGGCUCGUCGGUCCGCUGCCUCCCGCGAGCCGGCGAGAUCCCGCCGGGGCUGUGCGUGCUCCCCGGCCGCGCGCCAUGGGCAGCCCCCGCUCGGCGCUGAGCUGCCUGCUGUUGCACUUGCUGGUUCUCUGCCUCCAAGCCCAGGAAGGCCCGGGCGGGGGGCCUGCGUUGGGCAGGGAGCUCGCUUCCCUGUUCCGAGCUGGCCGGGAGUCCCAGGGUGUUUCCCAACAGGUAACUGUUCAGUCCUCACCUAAUUUUACACAGCAUGUGAGGGAGCAGAGCCUGGUGACAGAUCAGCUCAGCCGCCGUCUCAUCCGGACCUACCAACUCUACAGCCGCACCAGCGGGAAGCACGUGCAGGUCCUGGCCAACAAGCGCAUCAACGCCAUGGCAGAAGACGGGGACCCCUUCGCAAAGCUUAUCGUGGAGACAGACACCUUCGGGAGCAGGGUUCGAGUUCGAGGAGCUGAGACGGGCCUCUACAUUUGCAUGAACAAGAAGGGGAAAUUGAUUGCCAAGAGCAACGGCAAAGGCAAGGAUUGCGUGUUCACGGAGAUCGUGCUGGAGAACAAUUACACGGCCCUGCAGAACGCCAAGUAUGAGGGCUGGUACAUGGCCUUCACGCGCAAGGGCCGACCCCGCAAGGGCUCCAAGACCCGGCAGCACCAGCGCGAAGUCCACUUCAUGAAGCGGCUGCCCCGCGGCCACCACACCACCGAGCAGAGCCUGCGCUUCGAGUUCCUCAACUACCCGCCCUUCACGCGCAGCCUGCGCGGCAGCCAGAGGACUUGGGCCCCCGAGCCCCGAUAGGCCCUGCCGGCCCCUCCCCGCCGCUCCCCGCCCAGGUUUCCUCUUUGCAGGACGAGGUCUGCGCUACUGAAGGCUGGGGAGGAGCCUGGAGAGCCCCGGGCUCUAGUUGUGGAUAAUUGUUUGCUGUUGGGUUUUUUUUCUGUUGUUGUUGUUUUUUAAAAGAAAAGAG